AUGCGUUUCUCCCACCUCGCCGUCUUCGCCCUAAGCGGCCUAUCGCUCGCGAGCCCCGUCGUCCAGCAAAAGCGCCAGGAAAGCAGCAGCGUAGAAUCCCUCCUCACCGACCUCUUCGCCACGGUGCAAGUCUACACCGGAGCCAUCAAUGCUACCCUCGCGCCCCUCUCCACAUCCUCAUCUCUCCUGGAAAAGACGGCCGCAAUCCCCAAAGUAGGCGAGCAACUCAACAAGAUCACCGCCGCCAUCACGGCUUCGACAACGCAAAUCCGCGAUCUCGCUCCUGCGAACGCUACGCAACCCAUGGUGCCAGCCGAAGACAACCAGAAGCGGUCUACCUCUACCGAUCUCGUCGACGUCCCUCAACCCAAGGAGAAGCGUCAGUUGAUCGCCGCUGGUGCCCUUCUUGCGCUCAUCAUUGUUGAGAUCUUUGCUACGAUUACCGCCGCGGUGGCGAUCUUGGGUCUCGCUGGGCUUUUGGUGUUUAUCAACCCGUUGACGAGCGCGUUGAGUCUUUUGAUCCUCGCGGUUCAGUUGGUGCUUAAUGUUGUGCUUGUGGGUGUUAUUGCGUUGUUGAACAGUGUGCUUGGUGCGUUGGCGCUUGGGCUUAGUGGGUUGUAA